AUGUAAGUAUAUAAAAAUUUUAUAAGAGAUAAUAUAGGAGAUAUUACAUUUUAACAAGCUUAUGAUUUAACUGGAUUUGUUUUAAAUAUAACAGUAACUGGCUCUGGUUAAUACAUAUAAGACCGUGUAUUGAAUUAUUUAACAUCACCUAAUGUUGUAAUUUGGUCUGCAGUAUGCUGUUCUUGUAGUUUACCUGGUGUUUUUCCUCCAUAAGAUUUAUUAUGUAAAGAAAGUGAUGGUAGUUUAGUAAAAUAUGUAGAAUAUGCUUAAUUUAUUGAUGGUUCUAUUGCCUUCGAUGUCCCACAUAUUAAAUUAUAGGAAAUGUUUAAUGUAAAUACUUUUAUUGUCAGUUAAGUUAAUCCUUAUGUUAUUCCUUUAUUAGAUCAUUCUUAAUCUAUAAGACAUAGAAAUAAAAUGCUUUUAUUUACUUUAAAAAUUUUAGAAGUUAUUAAAUCUAUUAUUUUUGAUGAAAUUAAGGCUAGAUUUUCUUAAUUAAGUAAAUUAGGAAUUUUACCUCAUUCUUUUAUUAAAACUUUAAAUUUAAUUUAUUAAAAAUAUGAAGGAGACAUUACUAUAUGGCCUGCACCUAAAUUAACGGAUUAUUUUAAUAUUUUUAAAAAUCCAACUUGUCAUGAAUUUGUCGAAAAAUAUACAAAAGCAGGUGCUUAGAGGUGUUAUUAAAAAUUAUCACAUAUAUAGUUUUUGACAAAAUUCGAAAGAAUAGUAAAUGAAUGUUAUUAAAACUUGAAAAAUUAAGAAGUAUAUAUGAAAAAAAUUAAUGAAAUUCAAAGAAAUAUCUCUUUUGAUAUACCAAUUAGAUAAACAUGA